AUGGCCGACACCCCGUGGGGCUCGACCGCGACCCCGAGCCCCCGCCCAGCUUCACCAACGCACACUCCCUCCAAGUCCAGCACCCGCGACUCGCCGCAUCCGGAAGACGAUUUGACCACCACCGAGGAGACGCCUCUGCUCUCGCCUGACGAGCGAGAAGACGACGACGAUGAAGACGCCAACGAUAGGCCUUCUCGUUCGCAAGCCGUCUGGUCUUUGUUGCACUCGCUCGGAGGUCGGCGGAGUGCGGCGGCAGAGGAGCAUCGUGGCAAACUGAAAAGAAGAUGGCCGAGCGUGAUCGCACUGCUCUUGCUCUGCGCCGCGGUGGUCAUCAUCAUGAUCUUGGGCUUCCUUGUGCCAGAAGCGGUACAAGAAUACACCAAUCAGGCCGUCGUGUUCCAGCCUACAGGCCUGCGUUUUGAAUCCUUCAACCCAGAUGGUGUGGCCGUCAGAGUUGAGGGCGAUUUUACCAUGGAUGCGUCGAAGGUGCAAAGGAAGUCGGUGAGAGACUUUGGCCGUUUUGGCACCUGGAUAGCAAAGGAGGUCGAGAGCGGCGAGUCAAGCGUCGAGGUUGCCUUGCCAGACUAUGGCAAUGCUGUGAUUGGCACUGCCAUCAUUCCCCCAAUUAAAGUCAGCAUAAGAAACGGAAGGACUACCCACAUUAAGCUCGUAGCAAACUUGCACCCGGGCUCGAUGGAUGGAGUAAGAGAUAUUGCAAAUGAUUGGAUUACGGGCAAACUGGGUGCUUUGAGGCUCCAGGGCAAGGCCAACGUACCGCUGAAAUCUGGAAUCAUUCACUUGGGCACGCAGAAGAUCGAGGAAGCGCUAGUGUUUGAAGGCAAUGCAAUUCCUGCUCUCCCAGAAUAUAAAAUUGCCAGGCUAAACGUCCAUGAGGUGGACCUGCCGGGCACAGGGACGGGCAUGGCGGCGGACGUUAGCCUUGUGGUUGUCAACGACUACCCCCUUGACAUUAUGAUUCCACCGCUAGGCUUUGGUAUCCUGGUCGGCAACUGCAUGCCCAGCGACCCCUACAUUAUGGUCGCGGACGCAGAAACUUCAUUCUUGCACAUUGCACCUUAUCGGGACCUGGAGCUCAACGUGUCAGGCAUUGUCAGACAACUUCCGGAGGCGCUGACUACGGCGUGCCCUGGUUCCAAGAAGUCGCCUUUAGAUCUGUUAGUUGGAGACUACAUCCACGGCGAUGAUACUACAAUCUAUGUCCGCGGUUCAGAUUCUCCAUCGCUAGACACACCCAAAUGGAUCACCGACUUAAUGGCUGAUAUCACCGUCCCCGUCCCGUUUCCUGGUCGUACGUUCGAGGGCCUCGUGAGAAACUUCUCUCUGACUGAUGUGCACUUCCACCUUCCCGGCUUCUUCGCCGAACCCGACUCGCCCGAAGCCCGUCCCCGUAUCUCCGCCAAGAUCAAAGCGCUCGUCGGCCUGCCGGAGGAGAUGAAUUUUCCUCUCGCGGUCGAUCGCGUGCGUGCCGAGACCGACGUCUUCUACAAGGACAAGAAGCUCGGCAACCUGGACCUCAGCAAGUGGCAGGCGGCGAACUCGACACGCACCGAGGCGCACGACGACGACGCACCGGGUUUGCUUGUAGAGUCGGAGGUCAAGGAGGCGCCGCUGGAAAUCACGGACGAAGAUGUCUUUAGUGAAGUGGUGCAGGCGCUACUGUUUGGCAACAAAACGGUGAUGCUGAGCGUGAAAGCCGACGUGGACGUCGAGAUGGCAACGAGCUUGGGCAUGUUCAAGGUGCGCCGGAUUCCGGCCCAGGGAGUUGUGCCGGUCAAACGUAAAGAUGGCGGCAAAGGUGGCCUCGCCCAUCUGGCGCCCAAGGUCGGCGGCCUGCGUAUCUUGGAUACGACGGAGAGCUCGCUGACCCUCGAGGCUCUGGUCAACUUUACGAAUCCGACCGAUUAUUCGGCCACAGUGCCAUAUGCGGAUAUCAAUCUCUUGACGAAUGGCACUGUCUUGGGACAUGUCACGGCUAGAGAUAUCAAGGUCAAGCCGGGAAAUAACACGAAUGUCGUCGUACAGGCGGUGUGGGAUCCGCUGUCGGCGAGUGGUGAGGAGGGCAGGGCUGUUGGGCGGGAGCUGCUGAGCCAGUAUAUCUCUGGCUUCAACACGACCCUAACCCUGCGCACCCACGCCAACACCAUCCCGGCACAACCAGCCCUCGGCCGGGCCCUCGCAGACCUCCCCCUCAAACUCCCCACCCCGCGCCUGCACAACCCCUCUUCGGGCGACGACGACGACGACAACGACUCCCCCGACGACAAAGCGCCGCACUUCAUCCGCUCCGCAACGAUGCACCUCCUCACCUCGACCGCGACCUUCACGCUCCUCUCCCCCUUGUCCACCACCACGCUGUACAUAACGCACCUCAACGCCACGGCCUACUACCACUCGCACCCCGUCGGCCGCAUUGUGCACGACUGCACGUUUCCGGUGCCGCCGGGUGGGCCCGCCACUAGUCCUCGGUUGCCGGUCCAGUGGAGCAUCGGUGGCGUGGGGUAUGAUGCCGUGAAGAGGGCUUUGGGGGGACGGCUGAAGUUGGGCGCGAAGGCGGAGGUGGGGGUUAGGGUCGGGAGGUGGGAGGAGGAGGUGUGGUUUUUGGGGAAGGGGAUUGGGGCUGGGAUCAGGUUGUAG